AUGGGUUGCUUUAGAAAAUCCCUUGUGCCCUGUUUGGCUGUUGUGUUUUUGUUCGUGAUUAGCUUUUGUGAAGCAAAGGAUAUGGUGGUGGGUGGCAGCAAGAGUUCAUGGCGAGUCCCUUCUUCUCCAGAUGAGUACAACAAAUGGGCUGAAAGGAAAAGAUUCCACAUCGGUGAUUCCAUUGUUUUUAGGUACGACGGCAAAACGGAUUCAGUCCUGCGAGUGACCGAAGAACACUACAAGAGCUGCAACAUAUCUAAUCCCAUCGAAUCCUACGACGACGGGCACACAAGGAUUACGCUGGAUAAAUCCGGGCCGUUUUAUUUCAUCAGUGGGGCACACGGCCACUGCGGAAAGGACCAGAAGGUGGAGAUAAGGGUUAUCUCCGCCAAGCACGGACCUUCUCCGGCUCCUUCACCGGCGGAGGACCACAACGCUCCGGCGCCUGCACCCAGGAAGAGCGGCGGCGAUGGGCUGAGGGCCGUGUUCUUGGUAGGGCUGGCGGCCGCUGCGGUUGGUGUCUUGGCCGUCGUUUAG